AUGAGCGAGACCUGCAAAUACUGUGGCUCUUGUGUUGACACUUCUCAAGACGAGAACCGCUCGCACAAGUUCCGUCGUGCAAUCACUAGACCAGUCGAGGCUUAUAUAGUUGGCGCAGAUGCGGGUUGCUGGCAUUGCGCUGCCCUCCUCCAAUUCUUCGAGGAAAAGGGAAGCAAGAAGGACUAUAUCUGCCAGAGCAAUCAACAAGGCCUUGGAAUAUUCUCGCAAGAUGUUCCAUAUGACCUUUUUGAUGGGAAACACCUCCCUGAUAUUGAUAUGAACGUCUACCGGGUGACUAUCGAAGGCACUCCAAGCGCUGAGUCAAAGUUGGCACCUAUUGACAUCCCGGUUUCCUCAAAGUCUGACGAGUGCUUCAUGUGGAUUACGGAGCGAUUACACGAAUGUGAAAACGCGCAUGAUUGCUGGAAUUCCACAGACUUGAAAGCACCAAAGCGUCUUCUCGAGAUAAGUAACGACAGACUCAUCCUUCGAACCAACAUCCUCAAAGAAAAGUACGCAACGCUGAGUCACUGCUGGGGAACCCUGAGCUCAGCUAGCAUCAAGCUACUUAAGAAUACCUAUAGCAAUUUCACUCAUGACGGCAUCGCACUUGGUGAUAUUGCAUUAACCUUCCAAGACGCUGCAGAUGUCUGCAAGAGACUCGGAAUCCAGUAUAUUUGGAUUGACAGUUUAUGCAUCACCCAAGAUGAUCCUCAAGAUUGGUUAGAGGAGUCUACCCACAUGGCGGACAUAUACGCAAAUACCUUUAUCGGAUUGUUUGCCGGUCAUGCAAAAGAUGGCAAUGGCGGCCUUUACUCCAAUCGCUACGAUCCCGAGCCGUUCGUGACUGUGGAGAAGAUUCCCGUGAAGGACGAUCGUGGUCAAAAGAGAACCAUGUGUAUCCAGCAACAGCGCCUGAUUGGCCAUGAUCUGACCUUCUAUUUCGACUUGUUCCCCGACUUUCCUUCUUACGAGUAUCGUCAGCUACCCACUGUGAAAGAGCCACUAUAUCAGAGAGGUUGGGUCUUCCAAGAGCUCCAUCUCUCACCACGCGCAAUCCUCUUCAACAGCACAGAGCUCACAUGGGUGUGCAACCAGCACGCGCAGUGCGAAUGUGGCGAGACGACAAAGAACAUCUUUGCCACCAAGUAUUUCUUCACCCGUGUCCCAAAGACUGCUGACUAUCCGGGUGCAGUCAAAGGAGAUCUCUUCUAUAAGCACUGCAUGAGGAAUUGGGCACAUCUGGUCCACCGAUACUCUAAGCUUGGACUCACAUUCGAGAAAGAUCGUCUGCCCGCGCUAUCUGGAAUGGCCAAAGCUUUCCAAACGAUGGGCAGCGCUGAAAUGAAGAAUGACGUGUACCUGGCAGGAAUUUGGAAGAGCAUGCUGCCUGAAGCUCUACUCUAUUUUGGCUCAGACUAUCUAGUUACUGUUGAGGAUGCGCAAGUUGAGCUUGGCAGCAUCGACAGAGCCGGCGAAGUUGCCAAGGGCCAUAUCGUUCUUCGCGCCGUCCACAUCGAAGAGGUUGCGAUGGUAUACCCUGACGAUCCGAGUUUUAGAACCAACGAGUAUACCUUGCGAGAUGAAUACAUACGCAAUAGUAGUACUGAAGAGCUUGUCAGUCUGAAGGAUAAGGACUGUCGCUUUUCGUUUCUGCCAGACUAUGACUUUACGGACAAGAGUCUUGGGGGUUUGUACAUCCCGCCAUCGGAGACGCUCUACUGCAUGCCUGUUGUUGGUCUGGAUGGAUACUGGCCGUUCUCGGAAACUUCUCUUGUCUUGAGACGGCAUUCGAGAAGUGUAGGGUUUGGAGACACGCCUGAUGUGACUCAUGGGUAUGAAAGAGUUGGUAUUUGCGACGGCCAGAUUAUGUAUUCUGUCAAGAAUUCUACGGCUUCGAGUCACCCCCUUGGAGGAGCCAACGAAGCUGUGAAGAUGAUCGGGGGGUCAUCAGAAGAGCGGAAUUCUUUCCUUUAG